AUGAGCGAUGAGGCGAAGUUUGACCUAGUCGUGUCCAAGCUGAGUAAGGAGGUCAUCGCGCAAGUGACAGACAUAUUACUAAAUCCACCUCCUACCCACAAGUACGACGCACUUAAAGCUCGAUUGCUCCACAUCUAUGAGGAGUCAAUGUCGAGACAGAUCGAGAAGCUUAUGAGCGAGCUAGAGUUGGGCCAGCAGAAACCAUCCCAGCUGCUCCGUCGGAUGCGCGAGCUCGCUACUGAUAAGGUUCCUGAUGAAACUCUUCGCGUGCUGUGGCAGAAUCGUCUUCCGACACAGGUGCGAGCCGUGCUCACCGUGUCUGACUCCAAGGACUUAGACAACCUAGCAGCAGUCGCAGAUAACGUCAUGGAGGCUGUGCGGCCUUCCUAUGCCGCCGCCACUACCUGCGCUGCGCCAGCGCCGACAUCUUCUGCUGCCCUUGACUUGGCCCUGUUGAGGGCUGAGGUGGCUAAAAUAAAGGCUACAGUGAACCAGAUCGAUCAGCGGAGGUCGCGGUCUCGUCCCCCUGAUCGCACCCGUCAUCGUUCGCAGUCCCGGCGCCGUAGCGGUUCCCGCCGUCCCAAGAAGGAGAACUACUUGUGCUUUUACCACUACCGGUUCAGGGAGAAGGCAAACAAGUUCGAUACAGGUGCCAAUGUGUCUGUUUUACCAGCUGUGAGAAAAGACCGUGCAAACCAAUGCAGUGAAUAUAAAUUAUACGCAGCUAACGGUAGUGAAAUCGUAACUUAUGGUACCAAGACACUAGUGUUAAAUUUAAACUUACGUCGACCUUAUCGUUGGGAAUUCGUGGUAGCAGAUGUCAAACAACCAAUUUUGGGCGCAGAUUUUUUAGCGUAUCACAGGUUACUAGUUGAUUUAAACGCGCGUAAAUUAAUAGAUAGAACCACAGAAUUGAAUGUUUCGGCAUCUGUUGUCAAGGUAUCCCAACCUAGUGUUAAAACUAUUGAUUUGAAUCAUCCGUAUCAAGAUUUAUUGUUAAAGUACCCGGACAUUACUAAACCGGCGUCAUUCCGAGAAACUGCGAAACACGAUGUCGUCCACCAUAUCGAGACCUCUGGUCCCCCCGUGCACGCGAAAGCGCGCCCGUUGCCACCCGACAGGUAUAAAAAAGUUAAAGAAGAAUUUCGCAUCAUGCAGGAACUGGGCAUCUGUCGUCCUUCGAAGAGCGCGUGGGCUAGUCCACUCCAUGUAGUUCCUAAGAAAAAUGGAGAUAUAAGACCUUGUGGGGAUUAUCGCCAGCUGAAUGCGAUAACAAAGCCCGACAGAUACCCGAUUCCUCGCUUGAAUGACUUUACUUUUAUUCUCCCGGAUAAAAAUAUAUUUUCGAAAUUAGAUAUUAAUAGAAGUUAUCAUUUUAUACCUGUCGCGCUAGGUGACGUGGAGAAAACCGCUAUCAUAACACCAUUUGGGCUUUUCGAGUUUCCCCGAAUGACCUUCGGUUUAAGGGGUGCAGCGCAAACCUUCCAGCGCUUUAUGGAUUCCAUUUUACAAGGGCUUGAUUUUGUCUUUUGUUAUUUAGAUGAUUUACUUAUCGCUAGUGACAACGAAGUUCAACACAGGCAGCAUUUAGAAAUAAUUUUUAAAAAGUUUAAUGAAUAUGGAAUUUCAAUAAAUUUGGCAAAAUGUUGUUUCGGACAAACAAAACUAGAAUUUUUGGGACACGAAAUUAGUACUGAAGGUGUCAGGCCGUUGCAAGAUAAGGUUCAGGCAAUUGUGGAAUUUCCGAAGCCGAAAACUAUUUCAGAGCUAAGACGUUUUCUCGGCAUGGUUAAUUUUUAUCGAUCUCAUCUCCCCAACGCUACUUUAUAUCUAACAGAAUUAAAUAAAUAUCUUAAAAGCUCAAAGAAAAAUGAUAAAACUCUUAUCGUCUGGAAUGAUAGUGCGAACGAAGCAUUUACGCAGUGUAAGGCAGGUCUCACACAGGCCGCUACAUUGACGUACCCUAGAGUGGAUUCCGCACUCGCUAUAAUGACUGACGCAUCUAAUACAUGCGUGGGAGCAGUCUUGCAACAAAAGGAAGGAGAUAUCUGGAAACCAUUGGGUUAUUUCUCAAAAAAAUUGACCACCACCCAACAGCGAUAUAGCACCUACGAUCGCGAGUUGCUCGCUAUAUACUUAGCUAUAAAACAUUUUCGGAAAUUAUUUGAAGGUCAAGAAAUAACCGUGUAUACGGACCAUAAACCUUUAACUUUUGCAUUUCAAAAGGUAGGACGCGAUGAAAGCGAAACGCCUCGGAGAACGAGACAUUUAGCUUACAUAAGCGAGUUCACUACAAAUAUAAAACAUAUAACCGGUAAGAAUAACAUUGUAGCCGACACCUUAUCACGCGUCGAAGCCGUGAUUAUGCCAACUGCGUUGAAUUUCGAUGACAUUGCAAAUGAACAGCGUAGCGAUAGUUAUAUUACGAAUUUUAUGUCUGGUUUAAAUACCGAUAAUAUUUUGUUGAAAGAACUAGUUAUACCUAUGUUAGACAAGCCUAUUUUUUGUGAAAUGUCUACCAAUAUAGCUCGUCCGUACCUACCGGAAAAGUUUCGACGCCUAGCUUUUGAUAGUUUGCAUAAUUUGAGCCAUCCUGGAAUUCGGUCUACACGAAAAAUGUUAGCUAAAAAGUAUUUCUGGCCGAGUAUGAAUCGCGAUGUUUCUUUAUGGGCAAAAACGUGCAUACUAUGUCAACGUUCUAAAGUUAACAGACAUACGGUAUCGAAUUUGACUAAGUUUUCGGAAGUAGAUCGUUUCGAGCAUGUGCACAUCGAUAUCGUGGGCCCUCUUGAGAUUUCACCAGAUGGUUAUAGAUACUUACUCACGAUAAUUGAUAGGAGAACUAGGUGGGCCGAAGCAUUUCCGUUACGCGACAUUACGGCAGAAACUGUUGCCAAACAUUUAUAUGAGGGUUGGAUUUGUCGUUACGGUUGCCCGAUGAAGUUAACUAGCGACCAAGGUCGCCAGUUUGAGAGUAGUCUUUUUAACCAGCUGUUAAAAAUGUUGGGGGUUAAAAGAAUUCGAACUACUCCUUAUCACCCGCAAAGCAAUGGCGCAGUCGAACGUUGGCAUCGUUCUUUAAAGACAGCACUUUCGACUCGCCUGUCACAUGGAUCUUGGGUGGAAGAGCUACCCACGGUAUUACUGGGGCUUCGCGCGGCCGGCCGCAGCGACUCAGGGGUUAGCGCCGCCGAGUUAACUUUCGGACGAAACUUACGUCUACCAGGAGACUUUUAUGGCAAUUCUUCGAACAACUGUAAUGUCAACGACUAUUGUUUAGUAGAUAAGAUUAGAGAUACUAUUCGUAGUUAUAAGCCUACAUCCGACAAUUCACGUAAAUGUCAAAGUUUUUUUGUGCACAAAGACUUACGUAACUGUGAAUAUGUCUUUGUUCGGGACGAUUCAAUACGUAAACCUUUGAAACCACCCUACGACGGUCCAUAUCGCGUGAUCAAAAGGGCUUCAAAAGUUUACCUAAUUCAAUUACCCGAUAGGCAGGUACAUAUUUCUAUUGACAGAUUAAAGCCUGCAUAUGUGUUAAAGGAAUGCGAUGGUAACAUAACAACGCCAAGCGACAGUAACGCUGACAACGCAGCGGAUGUGGUGCCUGCGCAUGUACGGUUCGCGUUACCGCCGCCCACACCGGUGACAUCGUCGUCGCCCGGCCCUAGCAACCCGAUAAGCGUGAAAACAACGCGAAGUGGUCGCAUUGUUAAAUUACCUUCACGAUUUAAUAUAAGUUAG